AUGGCGACGCUCGAGGCGCCAGAGAGGCAAGUGGAUGACUUCGCCGGAGUCAAGUGGAUGAUGAUGGCAGUAUUCCGGUUUUCUGCGAUGAUGUACAUUGCCGUGGGGUCCUGCCUUGAUUCUUUCCUUCGUUUAACUGACUUCACAGGUCUCCCCCUCUUUUGUUCACCAUCCACACCACCGUUCACACCAUUAUUGACUCCGGAAGAACUCAGCCAUUUUGAAGCACAGAAGGUGUCCCUCACUAGUCUGAGCAGCAGCCGUCACUCUGGAUACAAGCUCAAAGCCGCAGCCUCAGUUAGGUUAACAGGGCAGCCAUUCCGUGUGAGCGGCUGA